AUGGCCCCAAAAGCUGAAAAGAAACCUGCCUCCAAGGCUCCAGCCUCCAAGAAGCCUGCUGCUAAGAAGACUGCUGCUUCCUCUACUGAUGGUAAGAAGAGAUCUAAGACCAGAAAGGAAACUUACAACACUUACAUCUACAAGGUCUUGAAGCAAACUCACCCAGAUACCGGUAUCUCUAAAAAGGCUAUUUCUAUCAUGAACUCUUUCGUCAGUGAUAUCUUUGAAAGAAUUGCCACUGAAGCUUCUAAAUUAGCCGCUUACAACAAGAAGUCUACUAUUUCUGCCAGAGAAAUCCAAACUGCUGUUAGAUUGAUCUUGCCAGGUGAAUUGGCUAAGCACGCUGUCUCUGAAGGUACUCGUGCUGUCACCAAGUAUUCUUCUGCUUAA